AUGUCGAACUUCAACAGAGAUGUUGAUCUUCCCGGAUUUUUUCUCGGCCGUGGCACAUCCGAAUAUCGGAAAGAUAUUCACAACAAGUCCCAGAUGAUAAAUCAUCUGAAUUGGUUCCAUAACUACGGGGACGUGACCCUCAACCAAAUCAAUGCCAUUGAAACCUGGCUGCAAAGCGGUGCCACGGGUUCAAUUGAGGAUCAUUACAACCCACGAAAAAGAGGAUCCUCCCCUCCACCAGCACCUCGAGUUACGAAACGCGCAAGGACUAUUAAACGUGCACGUAGAGUUGUGCGUGAAGAACAAGUUGUGGCUCCGGAUCCUCAGCUGAAAGAAUGUUCAAUUUGUGCAGAGGAACUCGCUCUUGCCGACUUCCCUGAUCGAAUCACCGCCGGAUGCGCACAUGAUUCGUCAUGCUGCAAUGGAUGCCUCUCCCAGUCAAUCUGUGUUCAGAUUGAAACAAUUCAAUGGGACCAGCUCGCAUGUCCGGAGUGCCCCGAGCUGUUAUCUUUCGACAAUGUGAAGUCUUUCGCCUCCGAGGCCGAUUUCAUUAGAACGCUCUCCUAUCUUAUAUCAGUGCUGAUCCAAAGUUCACAAACUGUUUUGGGUCCAAACUGUGGGAACGGUCAGAUCCACCAAGAUGGUGAUGCCCAACCAAUCAUGACAUGUGGGACAUGCAGCUUCAAAACCUGCUUCACCCACAAGAUGCCAUGGCAUACUGGCCUCACUUGUGGCCAAUAUGAUGUCCAACAGAGAGGGAAAUCUAAGAAAGACAAAAAGAGCGAAAGACUGAUCAAGAAGGCUACUAAGCCAUGUCCAAACUGUCAAGUUCCGAUCUUGAAAAACAAGGGCUGUGAUCACAUGACUUGCACUCAUUGUGACUAUGAGUUCUGCUGGCUAUGUAUGGCCGAUUAUGAAAGAAUCCUUGAAACUAGUAAUGCGGCACAUGAGCUAAAUUGCUUUCACUAUCGCCCAGAUGGAAGUCGUGGUCCUAGGUAUACUUGAAGAGGUAUCUUGAGAGGAAUUGCUAUUCUCAACAUGGUCCCCUGCAGGGAAAAGUUCACUCACAUAACUGAGAAUAUCGAACAGCAACCGC